CUCGCUACGGUCACCAGAGAUCAGCGCUGCUUUGCCGCCCGGAGAGCGCGCCUUUUGGCGAUGCGGACGCUGGCCGUUCUACUUUUGGUCAUUGGAGGCACCUUUUCCAGCGCCUUCGGGGCCGCCAGUGGGGUCUUCGAGCGAUGGUUGGCGCACCAGACCCUGACGCUGCCCAAGGGCACCGUGCCCCCCUUCGAGGCAGACGUCAAGAUCCUCCUGGGCAAUGUCCAUGUGAAGGCCGAAUUCGGCGAUCUGGAGUGCCAUGGCUUUCGCGUGGCCGCUUUGGAGAGCGUGCCGGAGGCCAGCGCAAUUCGCGUGGCGCUGCGCGGGGUUGCGGCCAACUGCUCCGGCCAGAUCGAGUACUCCACUUCCUUGGGUCUUUCGGGCUAUGCGGGGGCCGUGCUCACCAGUGAGAACAGCUCGGCACAGCUCAGAGUGGCAUCGCCGGCCUGGGACAUGCUCAGCCCGCAGCCACCCGAGCUGAAGCUGGACGCCUGCUCCGGCACUGUGGGCCUUCGGCUGCAGAUCACCUCCGGCAGCUUCUGGACGGAGUUCGCCCGGUACCUGCCGGGCUUCAUCAAGAAGCUGGAGGAUUUGGCCGGCCGCACCAUCUCGGAGCAGCUCUGCGGGCCCGUGCUGGACGUUGGCACAAGGACUUUGAAGAGCUGGAUGAACAGGAGCCUGGCGGAGGCCCGCAGCAAGUACCAGGCAGAAGAGGUACCGGUUCAGCAGAGCUGGGUGGACUGGGCAGAGCACGAGCUCACGCAAGGCAUCGUCAUGUUCCAAGAGCAGUUCCUGGAGCCUCGCAAAGUCUAUGACUGGCUCAUUGCGGACCGCUGCAUCGUUGGCGCGGACACCGUGUGCUUCAAGCAGGAGCUCUGCGUGGCGGGCAACGACUCCAGCUGCGUAGUGAGCGAAGAAGCUGGCCACAUGUCGCUGGAUGUGCGGAAGACCACCUGGGGCAUCCGCGACUUCGAUCUCUCGCCGUUGGCCGCGCAGAACGCGUCCCUAGCUGCCAACUUGUCAGCGAGCAGCUUCCAGAUCUACCCGGUCUUCAAUCUCUCCUUCGCGCCCCAAGGAGAGCGUGGAAGCUUUGAGCUGGUGUCGAUGAAUCUCAGCUUGGCGCAGGUUCACUUGGGAGCGAACCUAACUGUGGCGGUGGACAAACUCGUCUACAGCACCGUGAAGAGCUUUCAGUAUUUGCAGCCCGAUUGCCUGGCGAGGGCAGUACAGAGGAUGCAGCUGAACCGGAUGGAUGCAGCAUUUCAGUUGCAGCAGAUAGGCUUUAGCACCGACUCGAAUGCCACGCUGCUGUCGGGCGCGGCAUCUCUGGCGGAGCAGAUGUUGGGCCCGCAGCAAGGGCUGAGGAAUUUCUCCGCGCUGCUGCUGCGAGGCUUCGCCCAGAACCAGUUCGCCACCAGCUGGAACGGCAGUAUAGCGCACUGGCUGGGCACCCAUCGGCCGCGGCAUUGUCCGCUUCCGAAGGGCGAGGGCGUUUAUGGCCCCACAGGCCGCACUCUGAUCCGCCCCAACUUCGGCCGCGCAUGUUGUUGGCUGGCAGCGUGCACGGCAGCGCUUGGCAUUCUGAUGGCCUUCUGGGCACCGAGGAGCCGCUGGUGGUUCAGAGGAGCACUCUGCCAGUCGGAGGUGGUGCCAAAGCACUUGGCGGUCUCGCUGCCUGUGAUGAUCAUGGCCUGCCUCUUCUUCCUCCUGGGGUCCAACUACCUUCUGAUGGCUCAGACCUUUGUAAACCUGGAGCAGGCCCCGAACUUCGUGUGGAAUGCCUUCCAGGUGAUGGUGUACUCGCUCUUCUACUCGAUUGACGCUCUCUACUACGAGGCGCACCUGCAAGCGAUGUCUUGGGUCCUGCUCUGCUUCUCCGCCAUCCUCCCGUAUGUGAAGCUGCUGCUGAUGCUACUGGGCUGGCUGGCACCGAAGAACCUCUUGCCGCUCCGCAUCCGCAGCUUCAUCCUGGUGCUGAUGGACGACAUCGGCAAGUUUUCGCUGGUGGAUGUGUUCACGGUACAGAUCUUGAGCGGCGUCUUCCAUGUGGAGAUCUUCGGUGAGCAGAACUUUCGCAUGGCGCUGCGUACCCGCGGGGAGUUGGGCUUUGCCGCCUUUGUGUGUGCCACAGUGGUGUCCCUGGUGAUUGGCCACCUUUGCAGGCACUACAACGAGAAGAGCCAGAAGAGUUCCCGCAGCCCGCUGGAGGAGCAGAUCGAGCUCCGGGCGUCCGAGCUGCAGGCCGAAAGCCUGGGACAGCCCUUGUCAGGCAAUGCUUCAGCGCGGAACGCGAGCUGGAGCGAGAGCCUCAUCGUGCCUGCUCUUUGGCUGACGCUGGCUCUGAGCUUGGCAGGAUGCAUCCUACCAGCAUACUCGGUGCAUUUGAAGACCAUCUUCGGGCCGCUGGGGCAGUCUCGGCUCUCACUCUUCCAGUUCGCGUUUCUGCUGCCAUCCUUCGCGGAACAUCCCCUUGCAUGGACCUCCCUCUUCAACCAGGCGACCUUUGUGGUCUUUGCCCUUGGGGUCAACUUCUUGCAGAUCCUGAUGCUAUUGGUCCUGCGCUGGCGCAAAACGCCAAAGUUCAAGAACAUCGACGUGAGGGCUGUAGCGCAUUGUCUGGGUGCCUGGGCGGCCAUGGAUGUGGCGCUGAUUAGCAUGUUCUUGACCAUGGUCGAGCUGAAGCAGUCGGAUUUCGUCCACCUGGACGACCCCACCAAGGAGAAGCUCAGCCGCCUGGUGGGCAUGGACCUACGUGGAGGUGACAAGGGCUUGAGUGUUGAUGUGCAGCUGCAGUCUGGCACAUUUAUCCUCUUCGCCGCUGUGCUGAUGCACGCCUGGAUUUCCCGGGCGGCACUCCGCCAGGAUUGAUGCGCGCGGGCACCCAGGAUUCCAGCAAGCUCGAUAGGGGCGCCGAAUCGCUCAC